CAACGCCUCGUCAGCUCUGAAUACUUUACAAAUUUUAAGCCAAAUAUGAAGGCGCAGCAUCUCAUGUGACGUCAUUGUUUGUGUAAGAUAAGAAUUUUCUGUGCCGAAUGCGCCGAGCCGAACCCACCCAGUUCGGAAAUCCGACAACGCCUCACGACGACGAGGGCGUGGGCAUUGACAUCGCCGACGACCUCAAGUAUUAUUGUGUGGAUUUUGCCCAUACUACCUUCUGAUUCCAACGUACUCGACCUAGCACUCUCCAUGACAUGCCCCGUCCUCAACCACCGGUGCCAUCCACGCUCAGGAAUCGCAACCGGAUUACGAACAAGAGCCGCCUCCGAGUCCACAUUGGAAAUGUCGAGGCCGAUCCGAUUAUCCCUGAUGAGGACGAUGAGAAGAACCGUAUGCUUCAGAGCGUUGCAGGUGUCGACCAGGAGGAUGCGAAUGAACACCACUUACAGCAAGUCCUCAGUGAGGCGGCACUGCGCCACCAGUCUUCUGUGCGGGCCACUCGGGGUGCGUCUGAUAAGAUUACUUCCGUCGCAUAUAUUCCGACCCCCGACUCCACUGGAAUCGUCGAUAAUUACGAGACACUAUAUCCUUCUAAUAAAUGGAGGGAUCCCGCCUCGUAUGUGUUUUCUUCGGAAACUGUCGAAGAGAAGUGUCAAAUGGGACUUGCUCAUGGAUGCACCUAUUAUAUGGAUGAGCGGGACAAAGAAUGGCUGGACAAGAACAAUGAGGAAGCCAGAGGCGAAGGAACUAGCACCCAAGCAUCACUUUCAGCGGGUACUAGGACGUCGGCACGAAGCGCCAAGAGUAAGGGCAAAGAACCUGACACUACGACUCCAGUCCAUGUCGGAGAGGACCAUUUUGAGUUGGUGAUGGGAUUGUUCGAGUUGAUUACGCAUGAGGAAACGGAGUACCUGCAUCAUAGUCUCAAAGAGGGGAUGACCUUUCCGGAGUUCUCGAACUAUCACGAUACCUUCGCGAACCCCCUUCCGGCUUCCUUGUUCGCCAAAUUUGCCGUUCCUCGGGGCAUUCCUCCUCCCCCCCAGUUGCUUCGUAUGGCCCGCUUGAUAUAUCCGUAUUGGAGGGAGCGCAGAAUUGAACGAGGUGGUCAGCGAAUUAUACCACAGCUCAAUGGUGAUGAGACGGAUACUCUGAACGAAUCCUACAUCUGCUUCCGUCGGCGAGAAGUAAAGGCCGUCCGCAAAACUCGUGCUUCGCAAGCGAAUUCCUCUGACAAGUUGACUGCUUUGAACAAACAGCUUUCUGAACCCUUGGAAAUCGCGAAGAAUAUCGUCAAACGGGAGUAUACCAAAUGCGAGUUAGGGCGGCUUGGAUUGAACGUUUGGCAACGCCGCAUUGCAAUCGUCGAUCUUAAACGUAGAAAUCCAUCCCUUGAUGGCGACGUGUCGAAUGAGGAACUCCUAGUCGAUAAAGAACCUCCUGCAAAGCGACUAGACCUCCGUACACGCUUACCAGUCAAGCCGGAGGUUGUUAUACCCUCACCCCCCAUUCGUACGGAGCCGUCUAUUCGUCCCAAAGACAGAUUUGCCGCAAUACACGCGAAAGUCGAGAACGCCUUGCAGAAGCGAAAGGAAAAAGAUUAUCAAUGGGAGGACAGUAUCGAUAAUUCCUACGUUCCGCCAUUUGUAUCCUUUCCUUCUCGAGUCUUCAAACAUGUGGGACCUUCCGAUGCUCCCAAGUGGCCGGCAGCGUCAUCGUCAACUCUUCCCGAGUCAAACGCUAAUUCGACACAACUGCGGCAGCCGAGACCUGUUCGUCUACGUUAUGGACGGGGCGGUCGUAUGCAUCUAGAUCGAGGAAAUACCCUCAUUGGAUUGGUACCUCGGCGGGGAAGCCCUACCAACCUGGAUGCUAUGGAUAUCGAUGUAGACAACAAUGAGCAGAUGAAGCGAUUGCAGGAACGUUGGCGAUUCGACUCCGAUGACGCACCAUCGAUUGGUAUUUCAAGUCCUGAUGAGCAAGAUCGGCAUCUCGUCGACGACUACAAUCUCAAAUAUAUCCGGCAUUCUAUUCACCUCUUGGCUGAUGUAGAUCAGAAUCUUUUGACGGAUCCCUCCAUAACCAAGUACAACUCUGACGGUCGCAAAGAGGUUGUCAUCCCCUUCAAGCUAGGUCACGCCAACCCUAUCGUUAGACGUGACAUGGGUCCCAGACCCGGACCACAGCCAAUGAUCUCCCAUGCUGCUCAGCAAGCACAAGCCGUUGCCGCCGCACAGCACGGCACGGCAAUGCCCAUGCCUAACGGUACUCCCAUAUCCGCGCAGCAACAGGUGAAGAUGUCGAGUGCUGGUCUAAGUCACCUGCGUAUCUCUUCUAGCAGUAUGCGCACAGGAUCGGUGAUUCCUAACGGGAUGCACAGUGCCUCACCCCCGUUAUCUUCUCCAUCUUCCGCCCUACAACUUUCUCCUCCUCUCAGUGCCACAAAUGGUGUUGCUCGUGCUGCUAUCAAUAUGCCGCAUCUUGACGCUGUGAAGAUCGAAUCUGGAUAUUCCAUACCAAACGGUGCAGCAGCUAUUCCGCAAUCCUCCCCGUCUCCGCAUUCGCAGGAAGUCAUGUCUCAUGUGCAAGAGGUUAAUGUUAAUGGCCAAGGAAAUUUUACCAAGUCCCAGGAGCCCUUUCAUAUCUUACAUCCCGGGUACCAUAUCAAUGGCUUCCAAGGAACUCCUCUUUCAAAUCAUUCGCAGUACAUGAAUGUCCAGACUGGACUGAGCGCGCAACAGAUGCAAAAUCUUAAAUCAGUAUUUGCAGCUCCUGGUAACCAAGAUAUGACGGCUGUCCAGAUCAAUGGUGUGCGUCCUAUUCCUGGUCCAUACAUGCACGUUGUACAGCCGAACGUGAACUACAAUUCCGCCAAUAUCAGUAACAUGAAGCUUCCGGCCGUGCGCCAACCGAUGCAGUGGUCGCACGGAGUCAAUGGUUCUCCGAUGUUACGGCCGACGUCCAUAGCUAAUGGACUGGACGUCACAAUGAUCAAUGGGUCGCUCUCGCCAAAUUUAGCACAGGCUACGCCAGUUCGUACGCCGUCUGCGAAUGGGACGAGGAUGGGUUUGCCCCGGAAUAUGUUGUCACCUCAUGCUCGGCAUGGCAGCCCUUCGCCCGUACCUUCGAUUUCACUUACCCAAUCUCCACCUCGUCUACCCUCGACGCCAACGAUGGCAGCCGCACAACCUGUGGGGGCAACACAAGGUAGUUAUUAAUUUUUUUUUCGCACUUUCUCGGGUUUCUGUACAGUUAGUAUAUCCCUUUCUUUCGUACUCUUUUGGUCGGCGUGUCUGUUUGUUUUUUAUAAUGACAUAAAUUACUUUCCCUCUUCGUGUCGUGUAUUUUAUUAGACUUAUCAUUGAUCCUUUCGAUGGGUGGAGGUCAACAAUCCUGUUUUGUAGGCAGUUU